AUGGAGUUGUGGAUUGGAUGCAUGGCAACAAAAACUAUAUAUUUUAAAAGAAAUAUCACGAUAUGCCAGGUGGAAAGACAAACACGGGUCAACUUAAUCAAUUACGCCGUACAUGAUUGCACGGCAGUUACUGAAAUCUACCGAGCAACGUGUCCCGAACGAAAAACUAAACCAGCCAUCGCCAACAAACAACAACAUAUCUCGAUCGAACUCCGAAAAACCACACAAUUGAAUCACUGUUAUCAGAGCGAUCUUUCGGAUGUCAGUGACGACGAAAUAGAAUUAUACUUAUCACAAACCAAAGUAAAAUAUCAACAAACUCAAACGAGUCGACCACAGGAGCUAGCAAUGGAACUUGCAUCAGAAUCAGAUUUCGAACUCGAAACCGACCCAGAACAGCAACGGAAACGAACCUGUCCUUCUUUUGUACAUCGAAUCAUACGACCCGUCUAUUAUCGGUAUGAUUAUCGAAAGAUCAGGGCGUAG